GUAAUUAAUGCUUAAGAAUUUAAAAUCGCCUUUCCCAUCCCUGUUCAUCAACUAGAAACACAUUGUAUUUUUCUCGUGUAAAAAUAUCGUGAAUAAACGUGAAAAUUAAUUUCAAGAUGUUGGGCCCGGCAGUUUUUAUGGAUGGAUCCACUGAGGAUCAAGCCCAAGAAUUGAGAAUUUAUUUUAAAAGUCUCGGCGCUGAAAUUAGUGAAGAAAAAUCACAAAAAGGUAUUGAAGACGAUCUUCAUAAAAUAAUUGGUGUUUGCGAUGCGUGUUUCAAAGAAGGAAACGAGAGUGAAAUUGAAACAAUUCUCAAUGAUAUUGUUUCCAUCAUGAUUCUCGUUUCCCCCACAGAUCGCGCAGAGAAUUUAAUUCUUGCCUUUUGUGAGAAAUUAACAAAAGCCCCAGGUUUCAAAUUGGGACUCGUUUGUCUUAAAGCAUUGUGGUUAUUAUUCCAAUCGUUACCAGAGGAUUCGCCAAUGAGAUAUCAUGUUUAUUAUCAUUUGGUGCAAAUAGCACGCAAUGUUGAUCAAGUGAAAGCCGUUUAUGGCGGAAUUGAUCAACUUAAACAACAAUUUGCUCCUUGUCCACCAUCAAAUGAACAAAUGCAAAAACUCCUUCGUCUUUUACAUGAAGUUCUUCUUACUUGCAAACAAGGAGAGCAGGCGGCUGCAGUGAUGGUUGAAUUAUUAGGAACUUAUACAUCGGAAAAUGCAUCAGCCGCAAGAGAAGAUGCUCAACGUUGCAUUUUGGCAGCUCUCGCUGAUCCAAAUACAUUUCUUUUAGAUCCACUUCUUGCUUUAAAACCCGUUCGUUUUCUUGAAGGCGAACUUAUUCACGAUCUUCUUCUUAUUUUCGUUCAAGAGAAAUUGCAAGCUUAUCUUAAAUUCUACAAGGAUCAUAAAGAAUUUGUUGAACACACACUUGGUCUUAAUCAUGAACAGAACAUGAAAAAAAUGAGACUAUUGACAUUCAUGCAACUCGCAGAAACGAAUCCCGAAAUGACCUUCGAGACAAUACAAAAUGAGUUGAUGAUCAGUGAAGAAGAAGUUGAGAGUUUCAUUAUUGACGUUUUGAAAACAAAACUUGUACGCGCUCGAAUGGAUCAAGGAGGACGUAAAGUUCUUAUCUCGAGUACAAUGCACAGGACCUUUGGCAAACCUCAAUGGUUACAACUUCGCGAUUUACUCGUCGCUUGGAAGGCAAAUCUCUCCUCAGUUCAAGAAGGUAUGAAGUCAGUUGCUGCUGCACAAAUGGAACUCGCUGCCAAAACGAAACCAACAUUAACCCAUUGACAACAAAAUUAGAAGACAUUAACUUUAAAUCAAUCUGUAAACAUCACGUAAAUUAAAUACAGCAAUGAUCUUUACUUUGGACCAACUUUUUUUACAACAAGUUUUUGAGAAUUUGCAUUUUACUUGGAGAGCUUGAUGAAAAUUUAAUAAAAGUAAAUUGAUAAAAAGAAA